AUGGCACUUGCCCGGUCAAAGCUGAAGGCACCAGCUCUGUUUGUGUUUCUGCUGCCCCUCAGCUGUUCAGCUAGCCCGAGUCUGUACAAUACCUGGGCAACAACGACAUUAUGGGGUGUCUGCCCAAGCCUGUGAGCAAGGCGUAGAAACUUCACCCGUAUCAUCUGAAGUUUCUCACGGGUUUCGUCAUUCUCCUCGGCUUCCCCAUUGGCAAGGUCGUCUAAGACUUGAGUAUGGCGCAGAGGCAUGGAUCCAUUUGCCCUGGGUUGCUGAACCGAUCUUGAGGCAGGUUCUAGCAAGGGAGCAGAGGAACCCAGACCAGCUGGCUGGGAAGGCAGCGAAGGGCCCGAAGGCCUCCUAACUGAUGAAGAAAUAGCUGGUGGAGGCUGCGUGGUCGUUGUAUUCCUAUCAACACCAGAAGAGGUUGAACCUGACCCUCCUGCCAUUACAGAAUCUCUCUUAAUCUCUUCCUGCUCUCCAGAAUUUGCAUCCCGCUUUUCUCCCUGCUCUUGUGGCUUCUGUUCUUCACAAGGACCAGCAAACUGA